AUUUUACUUUUUCUUUUUUUUCUCUCCAGCUCAAAUCGUCGAAGCUUAGAAAGUUGGAAAUGGCUGCUCUGGUGCGCACCUAGACGGGCGUCAGAGGUGGGAGCCGUGAGAUUGAAGAUUGGAGUUUAGCAACUGGAUUUUACGAUGUCCGAAAGCCGUGUCCCAGUGUAUGACAGCGCGGAACUGCGCACGCUUCCCGACACUGCGUGUGUCAUUGGCUACGGUAGCUUCGGAAGAGUUCGUCACUGCUUUCACAAUAAGUUGGGCCAUUCCGCAGUCAAAUGCUUUCAAAUUCAAGGCACUGCGAGGGAUGCGCACCACACAAAGAAAAUCGUCUCCCACGAGGCCGAGAUACUACAAAACGUCCAUCAUAGGAACAUUGUUCAAGUCCAAGGCAUUACUUUGUGGUCAAACUGCUUUGGAAUCAUUAUGGAUUUCAUAAACGGGGGAAAUUUGGACGAUUUUAUUCUUAAUCAAAACAUAUCGAAGAUACCAUGGGGUCUGCGAUUACGGCUCGUUAAGGAGACAUGCGAUGCUAUUGCAUUUCUACACUACUUCUCCCCAACCAAGGCGGUCGUCCAUGGAGACCUAAAACCGCAAAACAUUCUCCUCACGGGAGACCUGCACGCCAAAGUUGCCGAUUUCGGUGCGUCCCAAAUUGCCUUGUCUUCCGGUGCGGCCAGCACUGUUCAAGGUAACUCUAACAACCAGCACACUGCGUUGUAUUCGGCACCGGAAUUUCUAGCAGACGUGACAACUCCGCGUACCACAGCUAUGGACAUUUACAGCCUGGCGAUGAUUAUCUACGAGAUAGUAUCACGCCGACGGGUGUAUCACGGCACUGGCGUCAAUCUUUCGCUCAUAAUCUCUACCAUUGUAACACGAAAUCAACGACCCGACAAGAGACAGCUUGAAGAGGUGAGGAGAGAGCUGAAGGGAAAUUUCGAGGACCUCAGGCUCUUUAUUCUCCUGGAUGAGGUUAUGCACAAAUGUUGGUGCCAGGAGCCGUCGGAGAGACCGAGCAUAGGAACAGUCCGCGAUGAAGUCGAUGCUGAAUAUUCUUCCGUAAAUACUGGAAAGUUACUCAAAGAUAUUGGAGACGUCUUAACACAUGUGGGGGAAAACAAAGCACUCCCAUCAUCGAAUAAAUUCACAUCUUCACUGAACUUGUUCUCGUUUCCCUUCGAAAAAGCAAACGACCGAAAAUUCUCGGUGACGUCACAGAUAUCCGAACCUUCGAUUAUCAUUUUCGUCGAUACGGAACCAGAGUGCUGUCACGUUUUAAAAUACAGAGUGCUUUCGCGCAAGUUUUCAAAACUACCGAAAUUAAACUUUGAGUGGCAAAAUUCUACGUCAGUGACGCUGACCAACUGUGUCUACGUCAUCACAGCAACUGCAAUGUUUUGUUUGAACUUAAACGAUAAUGACGCGAGUUGGGAGGGGAAACCACCUAUGCUGACACCCAGGUCACACACAGCUGCAAGUGUGUUAGACGGUAAAAUAUACGUGUUCGGAGGUAUUGGUGGUGCAUCAAAAAUGGUAACAGCGGUUGAGUGCUAUGACCCAGAGUCGAACACUUGGUGCUGCAGUGGUCAUCUUAAACGCAAGAGAUUUGGACACAGUGCAAUGACCAUAGGAGGUUUUGUUUACGUGGUUGGAGGCGGCAAUUCAGCGGUAGAACGAUUCGAUCCCAUCGACGGUAGCGUUUGUGACGUCACUCGGACGCCACAUAAAAACGGAUUUGCCGCAGUAUGUUGCGAUGACGUCAUAUAUGACAUAGGUCGGGAAAUGGAAACGGUUCAAGACAGUUCAUCAAAGAUCAAAGCUGUACGAUAUAGUAUUGACUGCUACAGAACCCUGGAGAACAAGUGGCUCAAAGGAAAGAGCUUGGAUACAAACCGAUCGCAGGGAUUUGCCUGCGCACUUAACGAUCGGGUGUUCUUGGUUGGGGGGUGGGACCAAGUGACGUCAUACCAAUACAUCGAGAUGUACGAACCAGAAAGGGACGAAUGGAGCACAGUUGCAAGCAUGAACCAUGGGUUUGUUCGAAGUGUGGCAGCAAUGGAGAUAUCAAGCUAAACAAUAAUUUUGUAACGAUGGGGCGAAAAGCUGCCUAGCUGCGUAACGAACGAUUUUAUCAAUUAAGAUAGAAGGACCCAUAUUUUCAGAGCUACAUGACUUUCUCAUCAACUGUAUGGUAAUUCGGUAUAUAUAUAGAGAAGAGGGUUUUCGCCACUUACGUGUCCAACAACAGAAGUCCUAAUUAAUUAACAUGGCGAAGUGUUAGGAUUUAUUAUUAACGCAAUAUUCGUAGCAAACGAUAAAAUUAAUAAAAGCGCGUAUAUAGGGUAAAUGCUUAACUGUUAAACCCAAUAAAAGGCAACUUACAGUGGGUUUCAAAUAUAGUAGGGUGGGGGAAGAUGGGACAUCUUUAGCACAUAAUAACCAAAUAUCCUUAUCGUGGUUUAAACAAUUAACAACGGUCUAUGGAAGUCG